UGGCCGGGGCGGUGACGCUCGCCUGGCCGCGGCGCGGGCGGCUGCAGAGCCGGAGCAGCGAGAGGAGCCUGGGCAGAGGGAGCUGUACAGCUGUGCUGCUGAGGCAGCCUCUCCACUCCCCCUCCCCCGAGUCCAUAGGCCACCCCUCCCCUUUUCUGGGGGCCCGCUGCAAGCGCUGGCACAGCUGUGCCUCUGGGGGAAGAAGGAAAAGAAGUACUGAAGUCUUAAAUCACCAAUUCUUCUAACUUUCUGGCCAUUGAUCCGAAGGAAUUCGUAGUUGAACAUCAAAGGUCCUUGUUCAUUUUACUGUGAUCUGCCUGUGGGAACUUUGUCUCCAAGUCAAAGUAGCAUGGAGCGGAGAAGUGAGAGUCCCUGUCUAAGGGAUAGUCCAGACAGAGGGAGCGGCAGCCCUGAUGUCAAAGGUCCUCCCCCCGUGAAGGUGGCCAGGCUUGAGCAGAAUGGCAGUCCUAUGGGAACCCGAGGGAGGCCCAAUGGCUCUGUGACCAAAUCAGUGGGAGGUUUGAUGAUUCCUGUCUUUUGUGUGGUGGAGCAGUUGGACACCUCCCUCGACUACGAUAAUCGAGAGGAGCAUGCAGAGUUCGUUCUGGUUCGCAAAGAUGUCCUCUUUAGCCAGCUGGUGGAGACGGCGCUCCUGGCUCUGGGGUAUUCCCACAGUUCUGCAGCUCAGGCACAAGGAAUAAUCAAACUUGGGAGGUGGAACCCUCUGCCCCUCAGUUAUGUGACCGAUGCACCAGAUGCGACAGUAGCCGACAUGCUACAAGAUGUCUAUCAUGUUGUGACAUUGAAAAUCCAAUUACAAAGUUGUUCAAAGUUGGAAGACUUGCCAGCAGAGCAGUGGAACCAUGCCACAGUCCGCAAUGCCUUAAAGGAACUGCUUAAAGAGAUGAAUCAGAGCACAUUAGCCAAAGAAUGCCCUCUCUCCCAGAGUAUGAUUUCAUCCAUUGUAAAUAGCACAUACUAUGCCAAUGUAUCAGCAACCAAGUGCCAGGAGUUUGGGAGAUGGUAUAAAAAGUACAAGAAGAUUAAAGUGGAAAGAGUGGAAAGAGAAAACCUAUCAGACUAUUGUGUUCUGGGUCAGCGUCCCAUGCACUUACCAAAUAUCAACCAACUGGCAACCUUGGGAAAAACUAAUGAACAAUCUCCUCACGGCCAAAUUCACCACAGUACUCCAAUCCGAAAUCAAGUGCCAACAUUGCAGCCAAUCAUGAGCCCUGGUCUCCUGUCUCCUCAGCUCAGUCCACAACUGGUAAGGCAGCAGAUAGCAAUGGCCCACCUGAUAAACCAACAGAUUGCUGUAAGCCGGCUAUUGGCUCACCAACACCCACAAGCUAUCAACCAACAGUUCUUGAAUCAUCCACCCAUCCCUAGAGCUGUCAAACCAGAGCCAACGAAUUCAUCAGUGGAAGUCUCUCCAGAUAUUUACCAGCAAGUCAGGGAUGAGCUGAAGAGAGCCAGUGUGUCCCAAGCUGUCUUUGCAAGAGUGGCAUUCAACCGCACCCAGGUAUCAAUUUUUAUUCUAUUAAAUAAGAAGAGCGGAGGGAAAAGGUCAUAA